CCCCCGGAUCCAUCCCCCUCAAGAAACGUGCCCCAUUUUCCCUUCGUUAGAGUCAAUCAGCCACAUUCAAUUGACACUCAACGCGCAAUCUCUCUCUCUAUAUAUAAAACGUCCCCAUUAGUCUCAUUACAGAUUCCCAAAAAAAAAAAAUUAAAAAAUUAGCUCAUUAAUUUAGAGAAGAUGGGUACUCUUGGAUUGAUCUUGGUAGCUUUGGGUGUGAUCUUGGUCUCGAUCCUAUGGAAGAAGAUGAUGGUCUUGCUAUGGAGGCCUUAUGUUCUGAAGAAAAGGUUCAAGGAGCAAGGAGUUAGUGGGCCUGAGUACAAGUUCAGAUCUGGGUCUUUUGUUGAGGUGAGGAGGUUGGAAGAUGAAGCAAGAGAGAUUGAAUUGGAUGUCAAUUCUCAUGACAUACUCCCCAAAGUUGCUCCUUAUUACUACAAAUGGGCGAAUCAAUAUGGAGGGACAUUUGUGUAUUGGGUUGGACCGAUUCCGAAUCUGUGCGUCACUGAUGCUGAGCAUGUUAAACAAGUUCUAUCGAAUAAGUUUGGUUUCUUCGCCAAGCCCAAGGUAACCGGAGCCCUGCUGAGUCUUUUGGGCAAGGGACUUGUUCUCACCGAUGGAUCCGAGUGGGCCAGACACAGAAGGGUUGUCAGCCCUGCGUUCACCAUGGACAAACUCAAGGUAAUGACGAAGCAAAUGGCAGAAUGUGCUCAAUCAAUGAUCGAGACUUGGAACAUUCAAAUGGAUAGUACCAACAAUGAGCAAAAGGCAAUAGAGGUGAACAAACAAUUUCAGGAGCUGACUGCAGAUAUAAUCUCUCAUUCUGCUUUUGGAUCCAGCUACAUUGAGGGGAAGGAAGUGUUUACUGCACAGCAAGAGCUCCUCAUGCUCACCCUAGCUUCCUUCAAUGGCAGUGUUUCUGAGACCAAGAUAAAUAAACAUAAACAGAGACUUGACAAGAAAAUGAGGAACACACUUCUCAGCAUCAUUGAGAAUAGGAUGAAUUCCAAAGAUUCUUUAGGCUAUGGCAACGACCUCCUCGGCCUAAUGUUGGAAUCUACUGAGAAACAAGAAGGUACAGGAUUGAACACAGAUGAAAUUAUAGACGAGUGCAAGACUUUCUUCUUCGGUGGACAUGAGACUACCUCUGAGCUACUAGCCUGGACAACGUUCUUGUUGAGUACAAAUCAAGAAUGGCAGGUAAAAUUACGAGAUGAAGUAGUUAAGGAAUGUGGUAGAGAAAUCCCCAAAGCUGAUAAUUUAAGCAAGUUUAAGUUGAUGAAUAUGGUUCUGCUUGAAGCCUUGAGGCUCUACCCUCCUGUACCAAUGAUUGGGAGGGUGGCUGCCAAUGAUGUGAAAUUGGGAGACAUUAUGGUACCUAAGGGCACUGCAGUGUCGAUUCCCUUUAUUGUCAUUCAUCGGAAGAAAGAACUUUGGGGUGAAGAUGCGGAUAAAUUCAAUCCUCUAAGGUUCGAGAAUGGGGUGACGAAAGCCGCUAAGCAUCCAGCAGCGAUGCUGGCAUUUUCGGUUGGGCCAAGGGCAUGUAUUGGUCAGAAUUUCGCGAUGCUGGAAGCUAAGACAGUCAUGGCUACCAUUCUUCAAAGGUUUUCGUUCACUAUUUCACCAGAAUACAAGCAUAAGCCUGUGACUUUGCUUACUUUACAACCUCAAGAUGGUCUUCCCAUUAUUUUCAAACCUUUGGUUUAUUGACCGGGCAUUUGUAGUUGCAGUUACUCAUGAAUCAGCUCUUGAGUUCUUAUAUUGUCAUGUAGAACAAACUAGUUAAGGAGCGAUGUCAAUUCCUGAGGAAGAAAUGUAGCGUUUUUUUUCAUUGGUAUUUGCUGUUAUGUCUUGCACGUGUCUCCAAAUUGUUGAAGUUUGAAAA